AUGGCUCUCCCCUUUUCAUUUACUCCCUUGAAAGAUCUCAAACCUUACAAAAAUACUUGGCGUAUUCAAGGUGACAAAAUAGGAGCUACUGUGAGAAAGGAUCAUAUCAACAAGUUUGAAGCAGAUUUGGUUCCUGGUACUUGGAAAAUUAUAUCAACUUUUGGUUUGAAUCUAUGUACAGCCUACUUGCGUCCUUCUCUUAUAAAGUAUAAGAUCAGUACCAGAUAUGAUACGACAAUUUCUCCUUCUGGUAAUGUAUCUGAUAAUCACUACCUAUCAUUCACAUCGUUUGAUAGUAUACUUGCUGGAAACCUUGACAAAAAUCUGAUGCUAGAUGUUAUUUGUCAAGUAGUCAGUUCUGUAGGGAUAAAAGAAAUCACAAGUCGUAACAACAUUACCAGGAAGAAAAUUAAGUUUGAGAUAAGAGACACUGAGGAUAAUCGAUUAUCAUGUACUCUAUGGGAAACCUACGCUGAAGCUUUAGAUCGUGCUAUUAAUGAGUCAAGUGAUUGUAUGGUCAUGUGUUUCCUACGCUUUGUUAAACAAAACAGCUUCAAAGAGAAACGAUACAUUGAGAAUGCUUUUAAUUCUUCUAUCUUGAUGAUCAAUCCUCAGCUACCAGAGAUGGAGGCUUUUCAGAACAUUCUUCUUGCGGAUCAAUUGGCUUUAACAAUCACCAAUUCUGGUGGGAAGAGAGUUUAUAACACUUCUGGUAGCAAGAGUGGUCUUGAAUUCCCUUUGCAAAUGAUCGCUGAUGUACUUGCUGAAACAGAGGUAGGAAAAUGUAGAAUCGCAUGUUCUAUAUCAGGAAUCGAUACAGAUUGGGGUUGGUUCUAUAUUAGUUGUUGCAAGUGUAAUAAGAAGGUUGAUAAAGAGGACCCCACGGUUAAAUUGGAAGAUGUCAAGAAACCAAGCAAACCAAGGUGGAGGUGUGAAACUUGUAACGAGUGGGCCACGUUGAUUGAACCUAAGUACAAAUUACAUGUCCACGUGUGGGACAAAAGUGGUGUGACCAAAGUUUUCUUCUUUGAUACUUGGGCAUCAAAAAUCGUGGGAGUUUCCGCAGCUGAAAUACUAAAUGGUUCAUUUGAAGAGAUUAUGGAUCCUAAUCUCAUCGCUGAUCAAAUUAAGGCUGUCUGUGGCAAGACAUUUCAAUUUCUGAUAUGUAUUGCUGGGGACAAUCUUUCUGGUGCUAGAGAUAGUUACAAGGUUGCUAAUGUCUGGGAAGGCAAUAAAUUCAUGGAAAUUGGUAAUGAAGAAUCGGAAAAUACUAUAGACCGAAUUAGUCUCACCAAUUCUAAACAGCGCAAAACAGAAUCGAUCCACCCUACCAUUGAUCAAUCAUCUACAAGUAAGAAACAAUGUUCCAAUCACUCUACUGAUUUCACCGAAGAUAAAGGAGAUUAUCCUACCAAGGAUUUGAAUGAAGUCAUUAGCUGUGAAGAUGUUGAUCACGGAAAAGCAUAG